CUUUGCUCUUGAAAAGGAAGUAAUGCCAAUCCGACGACGGGCUAAGGGCAAUACGACCAAAGGCUCUAAUAACGGCAAAUCAAGACCAGCAGAUCUUACCAAAGAUACUGAAGAUGCCCUAGAUCAGAAUGCACUUUCACCCGAAGAUAUACUAGCUGAUUCGCAAUCUUUGAGCGAGAGUCCCCAACCUUGGUAUCGGAAGCGAAUCUUCCACUUUGCUUUGGGCUUGUCUAUUGGCAUUUUAGCUGCUUUUGGGGUUGGAUCUACUCCAAUGGCACAGUCUCAUAUUAGCGAGUUUCAAGACUUUGUGGCCAUGUAUAUCGCUGAUAUGGACAUUUCAAUGAGCAGCCAUUUAUGCCCGGUCUUCAAGUCAAAGAGGAGUUCGAUCUCAGUCCCCACUUUCCUGUUGUCCUACUACCUGGUAUUGUAUCAACUGGUUUAGAAAGCUGGAGUACUUCCAAUUGCUCGCAAAACUACUUCAGAAAGCGAAUGUGGGGCACAACAACGAUGUUCAAGGCGGUGUUGUUUGAUAAGGCAUGCUGGACCCAGCACUUGAAGCUAGAUCCUGUUACAGGACUUGAUCCCGAGGGUAUCAGACUACGUGCGGCUCAAGAUGCAGCUGAUUAUUUCGUAACAGGAUACUGGGUGUGGGCAAAGAUCAUUGAGAAUCUUGCGGCUAUUGGCUAUGACUCUAACAUGAUGUACCUUGCAAGUUAUGACUGGCGACUUUCUUAUCACAAUCUUGAGGUUCGAGACAAGUUCUUCACCAAAUUGAAAACACAAAUCGAAAUGUACAAACAGAUUCAUGGAAAAAAGACGGUUGUCAUGGCGCAUUCUAUGGGAUCUACACUUUUCCCAUACUUUUUAAAAUGGGCAGAAAGUCCGAAUGGCGGACACGGUGGUAAAUCAUGGACAGAAAACCAUAUUGAAGCGUUCGCCAACAUUGCCGGACCUAUGAUUGGUGUGCCUAAAGCUUUGGCCUUCAUGCUUUCUGGCGAAACCCGUGACACCAUGCAGCUUGGUAGCUUUGGAACCUACUUGCUUGAAAAAUUCUUUUCUCGACGUGAACGCGCAGACUUGAUUAGAACAUGGGCAGGCGGAUCCUCAAUGUUGCCCAAAGGUGGUGACCAAGUUUGGGGUAAUUUGACAUGGGCACCCGACGAUAGCGUCAACCCAGAAUCGACAGGCGUUUCAUACGGAGCAAUGAUUACAUUCGCUGAAGAAGCCAAAGACUUGAACGCCACUAGCGAAAUCCCCAAAUACGAUUCCUUCAAGACCUCAAACUACACAUCAAAGUCAAGUAUAGAACUAUUGUAUCAAUCCACAUCUCAGGAAUUCAAUGAUCAACUCAGAUUAAAUUACUCAUAUGGUAUAAACACCAACAAGAAACAGUUGGCGAAGAAUGACGACGAUCACACCAAAUGGGCAAACCCAUUGGAAUCACAGCUUCCCAAUGCGCCUAACAUGAAGAUAUAUUGCAUGUAUGGUGUUGGCGUAGAAACUGAGCGAAGUUACUACUAUGGCAAAUCCGACGGCACCAAAACCGUUUGCAAUGCUGGCAGCAACGAACAGUGUGUUGUAACCGAAGCCGAAAAAAGUACUGAAGACGUACUGAAAGACGACAAGAUGUUGGAACGCCUGUUCCGUGCUUUCAAACGCAAAACUGGUGACAAAGAAACCGCCAUAGAAACAAUUGAUGAUCAACCAUCAAGCUUGUUCAUUGAUAGCACGGUGAACAGGCCGGACGAGAACAUCCGAACAGGUGUUCGGUUUGGUAACGGCGACGGAACGGUUCCUCUUCUUUCAUUGGGAUACAUGAGUGCGCCUUCUGGUGGAUGGACCAAAUACGCAGAUUUGUAUAACCCUGGUCGCAGUCCCAUCAUUGCCAGAGAGUACGUGCAUGAGGCCAGUGAUAGUGCCCUGGAUGUCCGCGGCGGCCCAAAAGCGUCUGAUCACGUUAAUCUACUAGGUAACUGGGAGAUGAUAGGAGACUUACUGCGGAUCGUUUCGAAUAAGCCGGAGAAUGUCACUCAACGUAUCUUGUCAAACAUCGAAGAAUAUGCUAAUGCCGUUGACCUUACCGCUAAUGUAUAAUUAUCUAGCCUUCUUUUUUUUUUUAUCUUGUUUACCUAUUACUGUCUACAGUGCAUGUGUAGCUAAACCAUCUUCUGAUCUCAUGUUAAAA